CUCUUACAUGCACAGAGUUGAUCAUCAUCGAGAUGUCAAUGAAUGGGAUAUUAUUUCGUGAUGGCUUCUUUUUUCUCUCUCUCUCUCUCUUUUAUCUACUUCUUCUGUCUGUGACUGACUGCUGCUAACCAACUGCUCUGGUAACAUCCAUCUCCAUCAACCAAACCGCCCACUCCCAUAAGCACAAAAAAAUUCCACCACAAUGCCUGCAAUGAACGACUGGCUUCGCGAGGACCUCCUCGGCAAAGAACACGACCUCUGCACCGCAAUCACCUCGGCCAAUCCCGCUCCCGCCGUGCUCAAGAUGUGCGCUCCCGACGCAGCCCUCAUGUUCCCCAAGAUGGAAAUCAUCUCACCCGAGGACGAGGACGCCUUCAUGGACGCCAUGCAGCCGCCCUUCCACCGCUUCGACCACUUCGAGACUGAGGACAUGCGCGCCCAUUUCAUCGGCCUCAUGGGCGGUGUCGUCACGUACAAGAUCCGCGCGACCAGGGGAAAGGAGAAGUAUCGUGCCACGGCUUCGUCGACUUGGAACCAGGGCGCCGAUGGGGAGUGGCUGCUGGUUGCGCAUUCUGAGACUUUAAUUUGAGGAAGGAUAGUGAGAUCAAAUGUAUCAGCCGGUUGUUCGGUGGCGCAAUUGCUGUGCGUUAUAAAUUAAUUUGGAACGAAAUAAUCUGAUUACGACUUUUAAC